AUGCUUUCACCGAGUUUGGAAGUUGUGGUUUAUGGCUCAACCUCUGCUGCCGUUGCCGCAGCUAUUCAGAGAGGUAUCCAGAUUGAAGGCCUCGGUGCAACUGAUAUUGAUAAUCAAAAAGAGGUUUUCAACAGUAAAACGGUCGGAGGUGUGGCCCUAGAAUUCCACCGCCGUAUAAGUUUACAUUAUGGCCGUUCUGAGCGUCUGGAGAAUGUUGUCAAAGAGGGCAUCAAAGACCCAGAUAUUUGGCGGUUUGAGUCGAAAGUUGCUGAGAAGGUGAUCAAAGAGUGGCUUGCAGAGUACCCAAACAUUACCAUCAUCACUGAGAUGCUUUCUCCUGCAGGAUCAGUUAUCCGAGACGGAAAUAGGGUGCGUGGAAUCAAACUGGGCAAUGGCCAAAUCAUAUCUGGUCAGGUAUUUAUUGAAGCAUCGUAUGAGGGGGAUUUGCUGGAAGCAGCCGGGAUCACUACCGUCCACGGUAGAGAGUCAUCCUCAACCUACGGCGAAAGUCUUGCUGGUGUGAGAGACAACACUCCAUACACGCAACUAACAGUCCCCAUAGACCCGUACAAGGUCCAUGGGGACCCUUCCAGUGGGCUGAUUCAUGGAAUUUCUCCUGAAGCAUUCGGGAACCCUGGGGAUGGGGAUAAGCAUCUUGCGGCUUUCAGCUACCGUCUCCCCUUGACAGAUGAGCCAGCCAACCGAGUUCCGAUAUACAAGCCAGAUGGGUAUGACCCGGCCCACUAUGAACUUCAUCGACGCUAUGCCAAGUCUGGGGGGAAGUUCUAUACCCCUACCAAAAGAAUCCCUAAUGGCAAGACGGAUUUAAUAGGCUCUGAAGCCCCACUAGCGACAGAUUUACUUGGUAUGAACGAUAAUUGGGCUACAGGAUCUCAAGCCGAACGCCAAAAGAUUCUCGACGAGACAGCGCUCUUUACUAAAGGCCUUCUUUACUUUUUCACCAGUGACGAAUGUCUACCUGUUGAGUUCCGGCAGGAGUGGUCCCGUUUUGGUUAUUGCUUGGAUGAAUUCCCUGACAACAAUCAUUUCCCACGCAUGCUCUACAUUCGCGAUGCACGUCGAAUGAAAUCGGACUAUGUUAUCACUGAACAUACUGCAUCUCGUGACAAUGGUGAAAAUCCUGUAGAUGACCCGGUGGCAGUUGCAUUCUGGCCGACCGAUACACACUGCGUCAGAAGAAUUCUGCGCGAUGGAAAAGUCCAUAAUGAGGGGUUUAUCUUCAAAGACGGUCAUCGCUGGCGACCAUUUGGAAUUGCAUAUCGCGCUUUAGUCCCUAACAUCCAAGAGGCGGUGAACGUAAUUACACCUACUUGCCCAUCGUCUUCCCAUGUUGGUUACGGAGCAGUACGUCUCGAACACCAGUUUUACGCUCUCGGGCAGGCAUGUGCCAAUGCUUGCGAUAUCGCAUUAAAAAUGGCGAUUCCACUCCAGAACGUACCCUACUCGGAACUCAAAACGCGAUUGCUGGAGCAAGGAGCAAUCCUUGAUGCAACUAUAGUCGGGGCACCAGAAUUUCCAGAUUCGUCAACUUAG